GGUUAGUAUGCGGCAGAAGAAAACAAUCAUAACAUUACGAACAAACAAUAAUAAACUGUGUAUGUGUAUGUAGUAUGUAACUAGUUUAUAAAACCUGAGGUGAGGAACGGAUUUGUUUGGUAAUGUGUUGGUGUUGUAGUCUAAAUUAAUGUUUUAUUUUACAAACUAUAUAGUCUGACAUUUGAGGACAGCAGUAUUUUUGAGGGGACAUUUCAUCUUGAGCUGUUAAGAGACUGUACUGUAGCGAAUUUCAAAUAUGGAAGGAAAGAACAGAUUAGAUGAACUGCAAGAAAAGUUGUCUGAAUCAUUAGCAGACAUAAACCAAAAAAGAAAGGACAUGCCUCAAAAAUGUACAAAUAUUUUGGAAAAAAAUCUUCAACUUCAACAGUUACAGAAAAAAUAAUUAUCCUACCUAAGACUGGAGUAAAGAAACUUACUUGUAAAUAUUCAACAGAUGUACCAUUGAAUGUGUCGUUCAAACUCCCUGAAGCGAAGAUGAACGUGAAUGAAUUACAUGCUUUUAUUUCUCAAAUUAAUGAAGAACAGAAAAACCUAUUGAAAGUUAUAGAAAUGUGUAAGAAACACAACACACCACAGUCCUAAAUGUACAUUAAAAUUUAUUAUCGUUAUUGAAAUUGGAUUAAACUAAUAAAAUACUAUAUCAUUA